AGGAUGUGUCGGGCCCCGAGGGCGCGGCGGGCAACGGGACACUGACCCAGCGGCCCCGAGUCGGUGCCCAGGCCGUCCUGUGCCACUCGGACCCGAGCCUGCAGUGAACCUCGGGCCGCAGGCGCCUCCGCAUGCUGCAGCGCAGUUAGGGAGAUGCUGCAGGAUAAGGGCCUGUCGGAGAGCGAGGAGGCCUUCCGGGCCCCGGGCUCGGCGCUCGGCGAGGCCAGCGCUUCCAACGCCGCCAACAACCCCGAGCCCGCGCUGGCCGCGCCGGGCCUCAGCGGAGCCGCGCUCGGCAGCCCCCCGGGCCCAGGCGCCGACGCCGCCGCCGCCGCUGCCGCCGCCGAGCAGACCAUCGAGAACAUCAAGGUGGGCCUGCAUGAGAAGGAGCUCUGGAAGAAGUUCCACGAAGCGGGCACCGAAAUGAUCAUCACCAAGGCGGGCAGGAGGAUGUUUCCCAGCUACAAGGUAAAAGUCACAGGCAUGAACCCUAAGACCAAGUACAUCCUGCUGAUUGACAUCGUCCCUGCGGAUGACCACCGCUACAAGUUCUGUGACAACAAAUGGAUGGUGGCCGGGAAGGCUGAGCCCGCCAUGCCAGGAAGGCUCUAUGUCCACCCCGAUUCUCCUGCCACCGGGGCCCACUGGAUGCGGCAGCUAGUCUCUUUCCAGAAGCUGAAACUCACAAACAACCACCUGGACCCCUUCGGUCAUAUCAUCCUCAAUUCCAUGCACAAGUACCAGCCACGGCUACACAUCGUGAAGGCUGAUGAGAACAAUGCUUUUGGCUCCAAAAACACAGCCUUCUGCACCCAUGUGUUCCCAGAGACUUCCUUCAUCUCUGUGACCUCCUACCAGAAUCACAAGAUCACACAGCUGAAAAUUGAGAACAACCCUUUUGCCAAGGGAUUCCGGGGCAGUGACGACAGCGACCUGCGUGUGGCCCGACUACAGAGCAAAGAAUAUCCUGUGAUCUCAAAAAGCAUCAUGAGACAGAGGCUUGUCUCCACCCAGCUCUCAGCCAAGCCUGAUGUCAGCCCCCUGCAUGGUGCCCACCAGGCGCUCCAGCACUACCAGUAUGAGAAUGGUGCUCACAUGCAGUUUGCUGCGGCCGAGCCACAGGACCUUCCCCUCAACACCUUCCCAGCCCAGAGGGACUCCAGUCUCUUCUAUCACUGCCUGAAAAGACGAGCAGACAGUGCCCGCCACCUGGACCUGCCCUGCAAGCGAUCCUAUCUGGAGGCUCCCCCUGCAGUGGGGGAGGAUCAUUACUUCCGCUCUCCCCCUCCCUAUGACCAACAGAUGCUGAGCCCCUCCUACUGCAGUGAGGUGACCCCAAGAGAAGCCUGUAUGUACUCAGGUUCAGGGCCCGAGAUUGCUGGGGUGUCUGGUGUGGACGACUUGCCCCCACCCGCACUGAGCUGUAACAUGUGGACAUCGGUCUCACCGUACACAAGCUACAGCGUUCAGACGAUGGAGACUGUGCCUUACCAAUCCUUCCCCACACACUUCACCGCCACCACUAUGAUGCCUCGGCUGCCUACUAUCUCUGCUCAGAGCUCCCAGCCACCGGGAAACACCCACUUCAGCGUCUACAAUCAGCUCUCACAGUCUCAGCCCCAGGACCAUGUUCAUCCAGUGUUAACCUCUGUGGGUGGCCUGCACUACCAAGAAACACAGGAAGUCUCUCAUCUACAAAUUUUGCUGGAGAUUACAAUCUGUUGGAAGAAAAGGAAAUGUACAAGAAGAGGAAGAAAUGAAAAUCUUAGAAACAUAUUCAGGUAGUCACAAGUUUGUCUAAAGGAGUCUUUAACAAGAGUUCCUGAUCAGAGACACAGAUUCACAUGAGAAACUUUUAAAAGUGAAUGAAGAGGAGAAAAAUACCAGACCCUCUCCAUUUGUACCAGAGAUAUAAUGGGAUUUAAAAUUCAACUGUAUCAAAGCUCCUCCAGUUAGACCUGGGAGGCAUCCUUUUGUAACAGCCACUUUGCAAAAUACUGGUGCCACAAGCAAACAAUUGAUCACUCCAGAAAUAAGGAGAAGACAAGUCCUUUAUUUUUUAAAUUUCUGGGGCUGAGCCCUCGGGAACUACCUUGGGGGAGGAUGGGAAUGAAAUGUGCCGCUGUGCACCUGGCCUUCAGCUAUUCAGGAGCUUGGGCGGCAGGAAAUAGCUCGGGGGCAGCUUCCGUAUUUGCAGGAGCUAGUGAAAAGACAUCUUUUUUCCCCUCACAGCUACGUUCGUAAACAAAUGUUCACUCUCCAACCCUCACCCCAAUUUGGAGCAUAUUUACCCAAUAAAGUAGGCCUUCAAAUGCC